AUGGCAUUCUUAGUUAAACAUAACGAAAUUCUUAGAUCCGUAUCGUGGGUUUCCAUAAAAGCUACAGACUCUUUUGAUUAUAGUCACGUUGAGACUUUCCUUGUCAAGUCUUUAUUCACUGAGGCAUCAUAUCUCGUGCUUAUCACAAAUCUUAGAUAUGAAUUGAAAAUAUCUCUGGAUAUUGAUCGUUUAUCAGAAUAUAUUCAAUUUUUAUCAGAAUUUUUACAAAACCGUUCAGAUAUUAGUCAUACGUUCAGUCUACAAGAGGAUGAUGAUACCUUAUUACUUACAACUGCUUAUAAUCAACAGAUUGAUACACUUCAUGAUAAUAUGAAAUCAAAAGAAGAAAAAUUUAAUGAAACCACCAUUUUAAACUUUAAAGAUUUGGAAAAUGGAAAGCCAUUUAAUAUUUGUGAGAAUUCAACAUAUUCACAAUUGUUCAAAGUAGCGACGGAACGCGUAAUUCCUGAAAGCAAAAAAAUUUCUACAUUACCUACUAUCAACACUUUAUCCGUCUCUUCUUCAGCUCCAUCAAUUUCUGAAUUAGAAAGAAUUUCAUUAUCACAACUUUCACAAUGUCCCACUAUAAAAUUACCAAGUCUUUCCGCAUCUCAACUAUCAGAAAUGUUUCCUUCCCAAACUUCUCAAUAUAAUUUCAUACAAAAUUCAUCAUCCUUUGAUUCUUCAUCCACUCAAACUAUCUCACGUUUCAACAACGACAACGAUAAUGAUACUGAAAUGAUUUCAGAAGAAGAAAAAGAAAGAUUACGAAUUGAAGAAGAAAAAGCUCGCGAAGCUCAAAAAAGGCAGCAAUUUAAAGAGAUGGUUCUAAAACACAAAGAACAAAAGACCAUAAAGAAACGUAAAAAUGUUAUGUAA